CAGAGGGUCACCAGCGGGUUUUGUUCGUCAUUGUUGGAGUUCUGUUGUGCCGCGGGGGUGUAGGAGGGUGGCGCCUGGUCGCUGCCUUGUAAGUUGGUGCAAUGGCGCUUUUCCGGGGCGUGUGGAGCGUGCUGAGUGCACUGGGAAAGUCCGGAGCGGACCUCUGCGCGGGCUGUGGAAGUCGACUGCGCUCUCCCUUCAGUUUUGCAUAUGUACCGAGAUGUUUUUCAUCCACCGUGAAUAGUUAUCCGAAGAAGCCUCUGACUUCAUACGUUCGAUUUUCUAAAGAACAGCUACCCAUAUUUAAAGCUCAGAACCCAGAUGCGAAAAAUUCAGAACUAAUUAGAAAAAUUGCCCAGCUAUGGAGGGAACUUCCUGAUUCAGAGAAAAAAAUAUAUGAAGAUGCUUACAGGGCAGACUGGCAGGCAUACAAAGAAGAGAUAAACAGAAUUCAAGAACAGUUAACUCCAAGUCAGAUUGUAUCUUUGGAAAAAGAAAUCCAGCAAAAACGUUUAAAAAAGAAAGCAUUAAUAAAAAAGAGAGAGUUAACAAUGCUUGGAAAACCGAAAAGACCUCGCUCAGCUUACAACAUUUAUAUAGCUGAAAGGUUCCAGGAACAUAAGGAUGGUACAUCACAGGUAAAGCUGAAGACUAUAAAUGAAAACUGGAAAAAUCUCUCCAGUUCUCAAAAGCAAGUGUAUAUUCAACUUGCUAAUGAUGAUAAAAUUCGUUAUUAUAAUGAAAUGAAAUCUUGGGAAGAACAGAUGCUUGAAGUUGGACGAAAUGAUCUUCUACGUCGCACAGUAAAGCACCAAGCAAAAAAUGGCAUUGAAGAGUAUUAAAAUAGAAGAUUGAGUUAUGUUCAUAAUGGAUAGACACAAGAAACCAAUUAGGUCUCCAUAUCUGAUGCUGUUGAAAAUUAGAAAGGA